CCGGGCCGGAUGGCCUGGGAAGUUAUCGACAGUAUUCUUGAAUACAACAUAAUUUAACGAAAUUCAGACCAGUUUAAUUCUGUAUCAUUAUGGUAAAAAAGGACAGGGGGGACCGGGAGAAGAAAAAGUCGAAGAAGCGACCCUAUGAUGAUGAGGAAGAGGAUGAUGAGCCAAUGGGCAGUGACUCCCAGGAGGCGGCCAUCCCGGCUGCCGCAGGGAAACAGGUGGACGAAUCAAGUACUAAGACUGAUGAGUACGGGGCGAAGGACUAUCGCCUGCAGAUGCUUCUUAAGAAUGAUCACGCCUCCCGGCCUCUCUGGGUGGCCCCAGAUGGUCACAUCUUCCUGGAAGCCUUCUCGCCAGUGUACAAGUACGCGCAGGAUUUCCUGGUGGCCAUUGCGGAGCCCGUGUGCCGCCCCACACAUGUCCACGAGUACAAGCUGACCGCCUACUCCCUGUACGCGGCCGUCAGUGUGGGUCUGCAGACCUCUGACAUCAUAGAGUACCUGCAGAAGCUUAGCAAAACCUCUGUCCCUGAUGGCAUCAUACAGUUCAUCAAGCUCUGCACUGUAAGCUACGGGAAAGUAAAACUCGUACUGAAGCAUAAUAGGUACUUUGUUGAGAGCACGUUUCCUGAGGUGAUCCAGCAUCUCCUGCAGGACAGUGUGAUUCGGGAUUGUCGUCUUCGCACCGCAGACGGGGGCGAAACGGAGCUCAUCACUGAAGUCGUCUCCAGCAAGCCAGCGAUUUCAAAGUCCGUGCAGGACAAUGGGGGUCCCUCCACAUCACAGGGACCACAGGACAGCCAGCGCUCUGGGCCCGAUGUCCCUGAGGACAUCUUCAGCUACUACGAGCAGAUGGACAAAGAGGAAGAGGAGGAAGACGAAACCCAGACUGUUUCCUUUGAGAUCAGACAGGAGAUGAUUGAGGAGCUGCAGAAGCGCUGUAUCCAGCUGGAAUACCCCCUUCUGGCGGAGUACGACUUCCGCAACGACACUGUCAACCCCGACAUCAACAUGGACCUGAAGCCCACGGCGGUGCUGCGGCCCUACCAGGAGAAGAGCCUGCGCAAGAUGUUCGGCAAUGGCAGAGCCCGCUCGGGGGUCAUCGUGCUGCCCUGCGGUGCGGGGAAGUCUCUGGUGGGUGUGACCGCCGCCUGCACGGUGCGAAAGCGCUGCCUGGUUCUGGGGAACUCCUCCGUCUCUGUGGAGCAGUGGAAAGCCCAGUUUAAGAUGUGGUCCACCAUUGACGACAGUCAGAUCUGCCGCUUCACAUCCGACGCCAAGGACAAACCCAUCGGCUGCUCGGUGGCCAUCAGCACCUACUCCAUGCUGGGCCACACCACUAAGCGGUCCUGGGAGGCGGAGCGUGUGAUGGAGUGGAUGCGCAGCCAGGAGUGGGGUCUCAUCAUCCUGGACGAGGUGCAUACCAUCCCUGCGAAGAUGUUUCGGCGGGUUCUGACAAUCGUUCAAGCUCAUUGCAAACUGGGUCUGACCGCCACCCUAGUACGAGAGGACGACAAGAUUGUGGACCUCAACUUCCUCAUUGGGCCCAAACUCUACGAGGCCAACUGGAUGGAGCUGCAGAACAGCGGCUACAUCGCCAAAGUGCAGUGCGCAGAGGUGUGGUGCCCGAUGUCCCCGGAGUUUUAUCGAGAGUACGUGGCGAUCAAGACGAAGAAGCGAAUCCUGCUGUACACGAUGAAUCCCAACAAGUUCCGCGCCUGCCAGUUCCUCAUUCGCUUCCACGAGCGGCGCAACGACAAGAUCAUUGUCUUCGCUGACAAUGUUUUUGCUCUCAAAGAAUAUGCCAUUCGCCUCAACAAGCCCUACAUCUACGGUCCCACUUCCCAGGGCGAGCGCAUGCAGAUUCUGCAGAACUUCAAACACAAUCCCAAGAUCAACACCAUCUUCAUCUCUAAGGUGGGAGACACCUCGUUUGACCUGCCUGAGGCAAAUGUUUUGAUCCAGAUCUCAUCUCAUGGUGGCUCACGUAGACAAGAAGCCCAGAGGCUGGGCAGAGUGCUUCGUGCCAAAAAAGGAAUGGUUGCAGAGGAGUACAAUGCAUACUUCUACUCCCUGGUCUCUCAAGACACUCAGGAGAUGGCUUAUUCCACCAAGAGACAGAGGUUUCUGGUGGACCAGGGCUACAGCUUCAAGGUGAUCACUAAGCUGGCAGGUAUGGAGGAGGAGGACCUGAUGUUCUCCACCAGGGAGGAGCAGCAGCAGCUCCUGCAGAAGGUCCUGGCUGCAUCCGACCUGGACGCGGAGGAGGAGGUGGUGGCAGGGGAGGUGGGCAGCAGCAGGCCACAGUUCUCACGGCGUGCGGGAACCAUGAGUUCCAUGUCGGGAGCUGAUGACACGGUCUACAUGGAGUAUCAGACCGCACGCAGCAGCAGCAGCAAGUCCUCCAACGCCAAGAACAUCCAUCCGCUCUUCAAGCGCUUCCGCAAAUAGGCUGCCCUGCAACACCCGUGGCCUGCGCGCUGAAAACCCCUCCAAAGUCAAUGCGGAGUGUGCCAUAAAGUCGUACACUGUCCAAACAUCUGUGUAAUGGCAGGGCACCUAUGUGGCCUAGUGGAUGGGGGAGAGAGAGGGAAUAUUGGAGGGAAUAUUGGAAGGAUGAAAGGGUGUCUUGAGACAAAGCAACACAGCACAGCGUGCUGAUCUGAGCAUUGUGCAAUGUGGCCUGUCAGUCGUAAAGCUGAGGCCCUCUUCUGUCUCUGUAUCUCAGGGGAGCUCACCUUCUCCAGAAGUGAAGUGUAACCUUGACUCGCCGCUUUUUGAUACAUACCAGUCUGUGUUGGAUACAAGGUUUGUUUUUUAAGAGAUUUUGACUGAGAAUAUCCAAUUCCCAUAUUAUACUCCUUCAUAUUUUGCAAUUUAGCACUUCCAAAGUGUCAAGGUAUGUCUUGUCGUCUAGCAGGCAAUUACUGCGUUCAUUUUUUUGUAAUGACAUGACAAGCUCAAAAUAAAGU